AUGGACGGUCCUUUGAAGGAGCUCGCGAAAUUGGAGAAGCUGACUUCCACUAAUUCUUCUAAGGGAAAGUCUCCGAGUAUCUCUGACUCGCUUGACUCACUCCUGUACUCCCUCCGCGAGGUGAAGGACCGCCUGCGAGCAGGCUCGGCGUCUGAGGAGACACUUGUUAUACUGGCCAAGACCGUUGAAACGAAGCGGAAAGAGAUCGAGGAUAGGCAGAAGGAGGUUUACAGCACUUUGGGGAAGUAUGGCAAGGCUUUGGAUAAGAAGUUUACAACACCAUUACCGUCGUAUGCUCCUCUGUUCUCGUCUUACGAAGCUACAGCCGCGUUAGAACGCACGAUAGCCUUGCAUUUCCUUCGCACUGGUCAGUUCAAUACUGCCGAGAAUUUCAUUGAAGAGUCUGGUGCGGACAUCUCUCAAGCGACUCGUGUACACUUCGUCGACUUGCACCGUAUCAUCACAGCCCUGAAGCAACAGAAUAUUGGACCUGCAUUAGAGUGGACAGAAUGCAACCGAGCGUUCCUGCAUUCGCGUUCCUCAUCCCUCGAGUUCCACCUCCACCGCUCGCAGUACAUCCGUCUCCUCCUCGCCUCGCACCCACCCGACGUUUCCACUGCACUAGCCUACGCUCGCGCCACGCUCCCACAAUUUCACUCGCAGCACGACACAGAAAUCCGGCGGCUAAUGGCGUGCAUCGCAUUCCUGCCGCUGACACGCCUGCAGGCGUCGCCAUACGCGGACCUCGCAUCGCCCUCGCUCCACCUCGACCUCGAGCCGAUGUUUGCGAAGGAGUAUUGUGCGAGCCUCGGCAUGAGCCGACAGGUGCCCCUGCGAGUCGUGGGCGACAUCGGUGGUGGUGGGGCGCUGGCGCGCAUCGAGAAGGGCCGUAAGAUCAUGCGGGAGCGCAAGAGCGAGUGGAGCCAGUCAGACGAGUUGCCCAUUGAGAUCCCGUUGCCCGCGGAAAACCGCUACCACUCGAUAUUUUCGUGUCCUGUGUCGAAGGAACAGUCGACUGAGCAGAACCCGCCCAUGAUGAUGACGUGCGGCCAUGUUAUUACUAAGGAUAGCUUGCAUAAAUUGAGCAAGCCGGGAGGCCGGGUCAAGUGCCCAUACUGCCCAAUGGAAUCGCAGAUCACCGGUGCGCUGCGGGUGUAUUUCUGA